AUGAGAACAGAUGGACACGACGACCACAAUAAUUGGCUGCUAAAAGUUGGAACUGGAGAUUUAGACCCCAUUAACGAAGUACCAUACAACGACACAAUUGAAAUUCCUCAAAAUAUUAUUGGGACAGGAGAAUUGAUCACUUCAAUCUUCGGCGAAAGCAUUAAUGAACUGUCUGUUGAGGAAUUAGCAAAACGCAUAAUACUUUCUCCAACCAAUGAGCAAACCCUUGAAAUAAACAGGAAGAUUAUCGAUCUGUUGCCCGGUGUCCCAUCCAUAUACUACAGUGCUGAUUCUGUUUCCUCAAAGGACCCCAGUGAUGAACUCAACUAUCCGGUUGAAUUUCUGAAUAAUCAGACACCAUCAGGAAUGCCACCCCAUGUCCUGUUAUUAAAGAAGGGAGUGAUCAUCAUGCUGCUUCAAAAUUUGAAUCCGAAAAAAGGAUUGUGUAACGGGACCAGGCUUAUCGUCCGGGAAUUACAAAGAAAUUUCAUCACUGCGGAAAUUAUAUCGGAAUGCAAUCGAGGAGAUAUUGUUUUUCUUCCCAGGAUUGAUUUGGCUCCGUCGGAUACUACACUUCCAUUCGUCCUGAAGCAAAGACAGUUCCCUGUUACUCCUGCUUAUGCAAUCACCAUCAAUAAAUCUCAAGGACAGUCGUACGAUCACGUUGGGAUAAACCUUAGGACCCCUGUCUUCUCACACGGACAGUUAUAUGUUGCCUUAUCAAGUAUUGUUUCGCAGAAGUGUGGGGAUUUAGAGUGUGAGAGUGUGGGGUAUGAUCAGCGUCAGGCUUCCGCCGAUGAUCUGGCCUAUGCAUUUACUUUGCAUUUACUAUGCCAGAGCCCCGGCCCGAAUCUGGCUCCGGCCGUCGAUCGGACCGACGAUCUGGCUGAUAAGGUGAGCUUGCGCAGCCAGAGCCACGGCCAGACUCUGGCCCUGCCUGACGAUCGGGCCGACGAUCUGGCUGAUAAUCUGAGCUUGCGCAGCCAUAGCCCCUGCAAGACCCUGGCUCUACUCGACGGUCGGGCCGACGAUCUGGCUGGCGGUUGGGCCGACGAUCGGGCCGACGAUCUGGCUGGCGGUCGGGCCGGCGAUCUGGCCGACGAUCGGGCCGACGGUCUGGCCGACGAUCUGGCCGACGAUCUGGCCGACAAUCUGGCCAUGGGCAGCCAACACAGCAGAAACAUCCCACAUAGCGACAGAAGCGACGUGGUGCAUGAAUGA